UGUGACGACACUGAAGCAUGAUGAAAACAUUGUUGUUCUUGCCUAGUAAUUUAGCAAUAAAACACCCUCGUUUAAUGAAUGUUUUGAUUUUCUUCCGUAGCAGGUGUGUUUUUGGUGCAUCUCUUGAUACAGCGGUCCCUCGCUCUACCUCCUCACGUGCUCGCUUAUUGGAUGUCAUAGAGGUGUGCGAGGAGCACCAAAAUAUGGCGCUAUCAUUUCCAGCCAAUAGCCGCUCAGUUUGUAACAGGUUUCUGUUUGCCGUCACGGUGGCGACGGGAACGCGCGUCAGAGACGGGGAAAGGGAUUUAGAGGCGUCGGGGUCGCGCUCACCGUGUUUGGCUGGCAAGUGCCUGCUUCACCAGGUUCAGCAUUAUGGGGGAUCCUGGACCCCGAGACGAGAUGGACCCUCAUCGAGCGACCACAGCACAGGGACCGUGCAGGCGGUUCAUACCGGGGUAGAGGAGAGCUUUCAUGUGUCAGUAAGUGAGCUGCAGAGGAGGAGGUGUUUUCUGAGAGUCAAUCAGAGCUGGAGUCACUGCUUGGUAGGUUAACGAAGGAGAGACGGACGUGAGGAAACUGGGAAGUCGACUUAACUUCACUAAAUACCGCAUUGAACUGAGCGGAAGCAAUGAAUAAAUUGGUGAUUACGAGCCGGUCCGGUCAGCCUGGGCGAAUCGGAACAGGCUGGGCUCGUCCAGUGUGAAGUCGGCUCCCAUCUGUUGACUUCUCCGCCGGGCGGCGAUGUCCGCUUUCUGCCUGGAUCUGCAGACGUCUGCCGUGGUUUCAGCACCACUAGAGCUGGACAGCGACUACAUGGAGCCGCCGGCCAGCCCCGGCGCUCAGGAGCCCGGCGGCUUUCAGGGCCACCCGCCGCCGCGGCGCGCCGGCUCCGGAGGCCUCGGCACGGCCUUGGAGGAGGAACUGGCCAUGAUCACCGGGGAGCGGGGAGUCGACGAGGAGCUGGUGGAGCUGGAGGCGCCAGCGGCGGGGCAUAGCGUAGACAUGCUGUUGCUCCUCCGGCAAAAAGAGAAGGACUUGGUUUUAGCAGCUAAACUGGGCAAAGCGCUGCUGGAGAGAAACCAAGACCUGACCAAGCAAUAUGAGAAGAUGCACAAAGAUCUGUGUGAGAAGUUGGAGCACCUGGAGCAGGAGAAACACGAGUUGCGGCGGCGCUUCGAAAGUCGAGAGGGUGAGUGGGAAGGCCGCGUGGCCGAGCUGGAGACGGAUGUCCAGCACCUGCAGGGCGAGCUGGAGCGCCACCAGGUCCAGCUGAGGGAGGCGGACAGGGACAAGACCAAGGCCAUCAGCGAACUAUCUGAACAGAACCAUAGGCUGCUGGAGCAACUCAGUAGGGCUGCAGACGUGGAGAGGCAGCUGUCCACUCAGGUCCAUUCAUUACGGGACGACUUCAGGGAGAAGAGUGUGUCUACAAGGCAGCACAUGACACGCCUGGAGACGCUGCAGGCAGAGCAAGGGCUAGAAAUUAAGAUGCUGUCGGAGAGGAAGAUGGAGCUGGAGCGCCGGGUGACCGCCAUGAUCGAGGAGAACGAGCUGCUGCAGAACACCGUGGACGACCUGCGGGAGCGGACGCUGGUGCUUGAGAAGCAGUGCCACGAGAAGGACCUUCAGUUGCGACAAAGCCAGCUGGAGCUUCAGGAGGUCCAGGUGUCCCACAGACAACUGACGGCUAAGUUGGCCGAGCUAACGGAGGAGCACAGUCUUCAAACUCUCAGCCCCCACCCGUCCAACCUGCUGUGUGAGAUAGAGCAGAGCAUGGAGCAGGAGGAGCAGGAGCAAGAGAGGGAACAGCUGCGUCUACAACUUUGGGAGGCCUAUUGCGAAGUCCGCUCGCUCUGCUCCCAUCUCCGGGGAAACGAUGUCACAGACUCGGCACUCUCCACCGACUCCUCCAUGGAUGAGUCCUCGGAGACGUCCUCGGUCAAGGAUGUGCCUACAGGGAGCCUUCACACCAGCCUUUUAGAGCUAAGGAGGUUAACACAGAAUCUGCUGGAUGGGAAUGAGUCUACGGGUUCACGGCGCAGUGAUGAGGAGGCACUAGAGGAGCAGGUGAGGAAGAUGGGAGAAGAACUGCAGGAGGUCAGAGAGCUUUAUGAAGCGGAGCAGCACAAAACACAGGGCAACGAAGAGGAGCUGCUGCAGAUGCACAAUCAGAUGGCGCUGCUCUCCAUUGAGAUCUGCUCUCUGAGGGAAGAGAACGAGCGAAUGAGGGCGAUGGCGGACGUCCGAGAACCCAGUGAGCAGCUCCAGAGCGCCAUCAGAGACCGAGACGACGCCAUCGCCAAGAAGAAGGGUGUGGAAAUGGAACUGGCUAAAUGUAAAAUAGACAUCAUGUCUCUGAACAGCCAGCUUCUGGACGCCAUCCAGCAGAAACUCAACCUGUCACAGCAGCUGGAGGCUUGGCAGGACGACAUGCACAGAGUGAUUGACCAGCAACUGAUGGACAAGCACCAGGACGAGUGGCGCUCGGUCCACGGCGCGCUGUCCGGAUCGUCGAGGAGUCAGUCCCCGAGGCGAGCUCGCCGCGUCUCUGAGCGGGACAAGAGACUUUUCUCUUUUUUCAAAAAGAACUGAGCCCUGUUGGAACUGGCCCUUAAAGCACAGCAGAGACACGCAGAGACAGACGCAGGUGAGGGGGUGUAUGGGUAAACAGCUCAGCCAAAGACAGGCGGUGGUAGACGGGCGCUGAUGUUGGGGGGGGGAGGUUCAGAUCAUUUUGCACUUUAUCUGACCCAUUGCUCUGCUCCUUAUGAAGGUAAAAAAAAUAAAAAAUAAAAAUUCCCCAGAGGCUUUGGCUCAGCAAUCCACCCUAAAGAGCGCUUUGCUUUCUGGUCUUACAGAACAGGACAGGGUCACAAAGUUUACCUCCACAGAGGAAGGUUUCCUUGUAGUGCCUACAAAACCCACUGCCAACUCUGUAGAGGUGGAAAACAAUGUUAAAGCGUUUCAGCAUGUACAGUAUGCAUCUCAGUUAUCAGGCCGAGGAGUCUGGGGAAAGGCAGAAGUUUGAAGUGUUAAAGUGUAAAGAGAAGUUGUGGCAGUGACAGAGGACACACAACGAUGGGGAGUCUCAGGUUUAUUCAUGUGUCAGGGGAAAAAACAUGGCGUGUUCAACACAACUGGAAAAGGUCAAUUCCCAAAUGGAAGAAUAUAAAUGGAGGGGAUGACUUAUGGGCUCUGUGAUGGACUGGUGACCACUGGAGGUGGGCACCAGCACCCCUCCUGACUCCACUGGGAACCAGAGUGUAUGAUAAUGGAUGGAUGGACUUAUGGGCAUUUUAAAAAUGCAGUUCUAAAAAUGUAAAUAAAAAAAAAAAGAAAAAAAAUUCAAGAAACCUCUGACCACCGUAGCUAUUGUAGCUAGUUGCUUUGAUCUCAGACUGAGUUUCUAAGUGCAACAACUUUUUAUUUAUUUUUUAUUUUUUAAACAAAACAGCCAGCCUGAUGAAAACCAGCCAGUUCUCCUACGUUAUUUGCUAAGUACAGAGGCUCUGUUGAGAAACGCUUCCUGGACUGUGUUGAGAUUUUAGAUUUUGCAAUUAUUGGUUUACAAUUGGUUUUUACAGUUAUUGUUUAAUUGUAAUCUAAAUCACUGUUGGGGAAUAAUUAAAACUUAAGAUUUACAACAUCUUGAUUAGCGUUCGUAGCCGGGGCUGAACCCAAGUGUUACACCAAGAACUAGAGCUCAAAUUCUGGCAUUUCGGUGGUGGACAUACAGCAUAGUAGUAAUAUCCUAUUCACAAAAUGUAAACAAUAUGUUGUGGCAACACGUCUGUCAAUCAUUAUGAGCCACAUGAGAACAAGGUUGUGAGAAGUCGGCCCUUUGGAGAGGCUGGGAUUUCCCCCUGACUGUUUGGCGCCAGUUUUGUUGAAAAUUUCACAAAUUGUAAUACAUUAUUUUUAAUUUGUGUUUUAACAAUUUUAUUGUAAACACCAGGGAGUACUUAGCCAUACUAGCCCAUCUAAACCAGUCAACAGUCCAAAAGGAGCAUGAAGCCAGGCAGCCUCAUGGGGAAAUUCUCUGGCCUGUUAUAGUUUCUUUGGGAACAUAAAUUAUUUUUUUUUUACUUUAAUUUCUUAGUUCUUUUGUAUUUAAAAAAAAACAAUUAUAAUGAAUUUUCAUCCUUUGUUUAAGAAUUUAUCAACAUUGCAUUGAAACAUUCAGCUUAAAUAGGAUUGGGUUUAGGCAACAGAAGGAAAACUAAAUUAAAAAAAGAUCUAAAAAAAACUCUCCAUCCUCGUCCCUGACAGAUGAAUAAACCUUAGUGGGGGUGGAAGAACUCCUUAAAUAUAUCUUAGUGGUAUUAUUUUCCUACUGCUCACAUCAUGGACAUCAUCUGAAGAAAAAGCACUGCUCAGUGUUGUCUCUGUGAUGUCAGUCAUCUUCCUAGUUGACCAAAUUUCUUGUUUACAUCAGCUUUUGAAGGGGUUAGGAUUUAUGAUAUGAACAAUAACUAUGAAUCCCACCAGUUAAAAGCAUGUCAGUGUACCACAGCUGUCAGCAUUCAACAUGACCGUUUGCAUUCACUCCUACUGGAGAUGGUCUACCUCCAUUCUUCUCGCUUCAAUAUUUCACAGGCACUUUGAUUUCUUAGCUUGCGGGCUUCCAUACUUGGGGGACAUUUCUGACUCCACUGGCGAAACACAACGAGGCGAGCUCCGAUCUUUGAGCGUGGAUGAUUUUCUGUGUGGCACAUUAAUGUCUGUGUGUGUUUGAGCUCGUGUUGAAUGAAGCUGUGCAAACCUAUGCAGGUGUCUUCACGUCAUCUCAGCUGGUUGUUGGGAAGGAUCAACCCAAAGAAUGAUUUUUUUAUAAAAAAUGACAAAUAGGUUUGGAUGAUAUAUUUAUAAGAAAAAACAUACUUUUUUGACAGAAAAUCUUUUUGUAGAAAGACAUAUCUGUACAAUGUUUUUGUCGACUGUUUUUAAUGUCUUGUGAAUUGAAACUCCUUUGAUGGAACGAAGCAUCUUUUGGUUUCUUUUUCUUUUCUCUUUUGUUUGGUGUCACACAGUGAGAGAAAUUUCAUAAAUUCAAAUUAUUUAUUCAAAUUCUUUAUCUAUAUGAUGCAAUUUACUGGACCUAAACACAAAAUCCUAAAAUGCCUCCACAUUUAAAUUAUCUUUAAGAGAAGAAACAGAUUAUUAUUCUAUUUUUUUACAGAAGUGUUUAACUGCCCAAGCUAGUGAAUAGAUACAGGAGCAGCAUCCCACUAAAAGAAGAAACCUUCUGCUAUAAUGAGAAACUUCCAAGUGUUUAUGAGUUUCAUAUUUCAUUAGAACGAUUCUGUUCCUGUAUUUAUUUAUUUCCUUCUUCUGGCAGUAAAAUGCUUCUGCAUGUAAACAGAUGUUUAGCAAGAUUUAGCUUAGCUUAAUUUGUCUUAUUUUAGCAAAGACUGGAAUUUAGAAAAGGGUGUACGCAGCUAGCUAAAGUUUAUAUUUUAGCGUCACUGUGAAUGUUACCACCCACAUUCAAAUCUAUCGAGCUACAGUGCUUUGAUACUUCAGGGAUAGAGCCUAACUAGCUGUGUCCCUGGUUUUAGAGAUAAGAUAGCCUAGCUUAUCUAGACACAAAGCUGGCUGGCAUGAAUAAACAGCCCUAAAAGUUAAGUAUGCUAAUGUGUGGGCCUUGUUUUUUCAGGUAAUCCGUUAUUGGUAAUGACUUAAAAUGAAAAGAACUGGGACUGAGGUUCUGUUAAAAAUGUAUGAGCAGCUAAUAUCUUGACUGCAGUACAUAAUUAUCUUCAUCUGGCAUAAAUUGAGACCAGCUAAUCGUAGAGCCUGAAGCAAACGGCUAGUCUGAGAAGAGCCAAGCCCAAAGCUAACUUGUACCUCUGUGCGUCUCUCCAUUCAACUACAAGAAAUUUAAAGUGACUUUGGUCAUAUUUUUUAAUAAACUGUCACCAUUGCAUUGGAUGGUUUAAGUCUUUAUAGGGAAAUGGGGAUUGGAGGCUGUGCAACACCAACUGUUUUCCUCUGUGAAACAUGCUGAGAAUGGAACAUGUGAAGCAUUUAUACACACCUACCUAAUAGAAAAUAAAGGCAUAAAAGUUAAAAUGGCGCACACUAAAACCUCUGUGUUUGUUUUCAUAUAUCAGACAGUUAUACUGACUGGAAACAUUUCCAUGUUUCACUCUGAGUAGUCAGGAAGAUCUUUAGCGCUGCACCAAUUCCUACCUCCAUAAUCGAUGUAUAUAAGCAACAGAUUUUUUUUGUAAAUAAGCAUCUGAACCAAACAUGACAAUGAUUAACAGGCUCAAAUUAUAAAACCUCGAUGAUGUUUAAGUAAAAUUACUUUUAAGAUGUCAGAAUUUCACUUUAAUCUUGGCUCUUCUUGGCUGCCUCCAGGAUCAGCUGGAUGUUUUAGUAAAUGAAGACACAGAAAGUCUUGUGUACUGUAUACAAGAAUUAAGGUAAGAUUUUAACAACUUAAAAACAUAUAACUUCAACAAUCGACAGUCCCUUUAAGAGCCAUUUCAAGAGACAAGUUUUGAAAAUGAGCCAGUAGAUUAUUUCCAGGCCUUAGUCAGACUAGUGAAUAAUCAUUUUUAGUGUAAGGAUUUACUUACAUAAGAUAGACUUGAUAAGUUAUUUUUAUCAAUAUUGUCCUGAUAGAACAGUUUACUCCAUAAAUUACAUAGCAAAAGGAGACACUAUUUCUCUGUACGGUAAAGCAAAACGGCACAAUAAGCCCAAUUUAAAAAAAAAAUUGUAACCUCAAACAUCAGUUUAUAACAUAAUAAUACUGGCCAGCAGAGAUAAUCACAAUCAGUGUUUUUAUGUUACCAAUAAUCACAUUAGCAAACAUAUUGGAGUCAGAACUGGGACAAGAACUAAACUUGUUUGUUUUUUUUAUUUUUUUAAUGUCACAUCUUACAGGAAAAAGAAUUAAAAAAAAGUUAUGUUUGAUUCUGCUGACUUUAUUUUGAUGUAAAUGCUGUUUGUUUUUUUCUGGUUGAAUUUGUCUCUGACGCUGCAGCCUGAAUGAAUUCUUUCCCUCACAUCUGAAAACAUGUCCAGUGUCUGUGUGUGUGAGUGCCUGGACGUCCUGAUGCCGGCCGCCAUAGGUUGUGUUGCAGUGGGAAACACAGAGAUCCCAUUGAGUGUGUUUGUGUUACUCAUCUCUCCCUCGGUCCGACGUCGUUUUCGAAUUUAGUGCUUUCGGUGGGAUCAUUGUACUCCAUGUGAGUGCUUCCAUUCACCACUGACUGACGGCACUGUUUUAGUUACAAAAUACUUCAAACUAUUCAAAAAUAUUUAUCAUGCAAUUUUCUUAGCAUCCUUGUUUUUGUACGAAUAAACUCUUUACAAUC